GUUUUACCUGUUGAGCAAUGGUGUCUCAGUCAUCAGAAGAAAAUGUCCUUGUUGAAUGGAAAUAAUUUCAAAUGGAAAUCUGAAACUCAGCUGAACUUAAAAUAUACAAACACUUAUUAACACAUCAAAUAUAACAUUUUGUAUCUUAGUUAUCCCGCCUACUGGUGAUAUAAAUAUCCCACUCAAAUUAGACUUCACAGUUUCUUCACCUGCCUCCACAUGUACAAAAACAGUUUUCAAGAUGGUGUGAGGUUACAUUCACCGCCGUCAAAGCAUCCUCACACUUUUCUGAACCACAGAAGUAAGAAAUGGUUUUAUGGUGAUGUCCGUGCAAACAAAAGCCCACUCACUGUACUAAAGCAUUCAUGUUUUUAGGUUAAGUGCUAUCUUCCCUGCAUACAAAUCCACACUCGGUGGAGGCUGUCCCUCACUUUGAGCCCACACCCACAGGAUGAAAUAAGCAGAAGAGGAAGUAGGAGUAGCCAGUCUUGGUAACGAUACAUGUGCAGUUCGGCUGCAGGCUCUCUGCAGCUCUCUGUGAGCAUGCCUGAUGAUGGGGCAGGAGAGAAGUGUAGGGGGGGGACAUUUGGAAACGGCGUCAUGUUGACAGGAAGAGGAAGUGGUGAGCUGUUUGAACUACCUGGUAAACCAUGAGACAUGCCUGUUCCUGUCUAUGUGAUCUCAACUCGAUCCAAAUGUAGAUUUACCUGUUUUCACAAAAUCUCUCACUAAAAUCUGGAGGGAGCACCUUCUGCCUCGUACUGCCUGGCAAGUAUUUGACUGUUUCGAGGGAACCGAAACAUGACACAAAACGGUGCCGGACCCGGCAGCGGUACCACAAAAAAGGUGGAAGAACUUAAAAUUGUGAUUGUGGGAGAUGGAGGCUGUGGGAAAACUUCUCUUCUGAUGGUUUAUGCCAAAGGUGAUUUUCCAGAGAAAUAUGCUCCAUCAGUGUUUGAAAAGUAUGUCACAACUAUCUCCUUGGGAGGAAAAGAGAUAAAGCUCAACCUGUAUGACACAGCCGGACAAGAUGACUAUGACAGACUGAGGCCGCUGUCAUACCAAGAAGCUAAUCUGGUUUUAAUCUGCUUUGAUGUGACCAACCCAACCAGCUUUGAGAAUGUUAUGAUCAAGUGGUACCCAGAGGUGAGGCACUUCUGCAGGGGCACACCGGUGAUCCUGAUUGGCUGCAAAACUGACCUCAGGAAGGAUAAAGAGUGUUCAAGGAAACUGAAGGCCAUGAAUCUGAAUCCCAUUACGUACAUUCAGGGCGAGGAGACUCGGCAGGAGAUGAACGCGGAGCUCUAUCUUGAGUGUUCGGCCAAACAUCAGGAGAACGUGGAAGACAUUUUCAGAGAGGCGACAAAAAGAGCUCUGGCCUUCAACCGAAAACAGAGGAACAACAAGAGAAAGAAAAAAUGUCUUAUUCUGUGAAGAUACAAACUUUCAGGAUCCCACGCUCUUGCAGGCAAUUGUUAGAGGAUCUUUUGCUAUAUUCAACGCAUUUGGACACUUGAGAUGCCAAAUAUAAUUUGUGUCCUACACAGAUAUGAAAGUAAAAAAAAAAAAAAACCUGACCUGAUAGGAUGCGUCUUAUGUGAACCCUGGAAGGCCGGUUAGUAAUCUUCAACAGCGCAACAAAAAUUGCGAUUGCUGUAACAGGAAGGGGAGUUUUGCAAGUUGUAGUGACAUUUUCUAAUGUAGCACACAAGACACUUCUUGUAUGCGUUUUGUACUUUUUAUGUUUAUGUACAAGUAUUUUUUUUCCUGAAAGUAUUUUGCACCACAACUGCAGAAAGUUGUCUUUACCUAUUUAUUAAUGGAAAUCAGUUCUUGAGCUGACAUUUGUAGGCAACAUAAUCCUACUUAGAAUAGUUGUUGGUUUUCAAUACGUAAUGGUACUGUAACUUUAAAGUAGCACUGGUUGGCUACCAACAUGGCAAAAUUAGGCCGGUUAGAAAUUCUUAACUUUACCAACAGCGCCCACUUGAGGCAGAAAAUAAACUAGCACGUUAAAUGUCAAGUGCUAUCAUUAUUCUAAAAUUAAAAUAAAAGCAAAUCUUCACAUAAA